CUGAAACAGAAUUAGUUGUACACAGACAGAGGCAUCAUGGCGGACGUGUUGGAUCUUCAUGAGGCGGGAGGCGAAGACUUUCCUAUGGAUGAGGAUGGUGAUGAAAGCAUCCAUAAGCUGAAAGAGAAGGCCAAGAAGAGAAAAGGACGAGGCUUCGGCUUAGAGGAGGGGUCCAGGUCCAGAGCUAAAGAGGACUACGAUACGGUGGAGCAAGACGGCGAUGAACCGGGUCCUCAGAGAUCUGUGGAAGGUUGGAUCCUGUUUGUGACGGGUGUCCAUGAGGAGGCAACAGAAGAAGACAUCCAUGACAAGUUUUCAGAGUUUGGUGAAAUCAAGAACCUGCAUCUUAACCUUGAUAGAAGAACAGGUUAUCUGAAGGGCUAUGCUCUAGUAGAGUAUGAGACGUACAAAGAAGCGCAGGCAGCCAUGGAGGGGCUGAACGGUCAGGAGCUGAUGGGCCAGACUAUCAGCGUAGACUGGGCGUUUGUCAGAGGACCCCCGAAGAACAAGAGGAGGGGAGGCGGACGGAGACGCAGCAGAAGUCCAGACCGCAGACGGCGCUGAGAGGAAACGCUGCUCAUCCCAACAUUUUGAUGUUUUUCUUUUUUAUUAGUUUCUUAAAAAA